AAAUGGCAGUUAGGGGACUGGUCGUAGAAAAAUUUGGAUCUCCAGAGCAAGACGACGAAGCUACGGAAAAUAUCGACAGAAGCAAUUUAGAUUUUCUGUUUCCACGAAGUGGUCAUCGAGUCGUGGUAGACGACAGUAACCUUUAUGUACUGGGAGGCUAUAACCCAAAGUUCCUGAAUGUUCCAAACACAGAGGAUACCUACUACCCACUGUUCAAAGAGUUAUGGAAGUUUAACUUUGCAAGACGGGAAUGGACAAAACUAGAAACUGAUGGUAACAUGCCGAUAGAGCUGGCAUCACAUGCAGUCCUGAGGUCUGGGAGGAACCUUUUGUGUUUUGGAGGGACCGGGGUUCCUUUUGGUUCUAACAGCAGUAAUCAGCUGAACAUUUGUAACCUGGACACACUGAAGUGGAGACAUAUGAAGUGUGCAGGAGAAUCUCCACAGAAAAAAUACGGUCAUACACUGACAAAGAUCGGCAAGCACAUGUACGUGUGUGGUGGGACGUCAGGGUACACGUAUGACCUUCACAUUCACAGACUUGACCUUCAGUCACUGACCUGGGAGGAGUUACCUGCCCAGUCAGACUUUGUUCCAGAGAGCAGGUAUCGACAUGAGGUGGCUAGCCAUGACAAUCGUCUGUAUGUGUUUGGUGGUGGAACAGCCUCAUCCACUUUUGGAUUUGAAUACGUUCCAGCGUUCCACAUUCCAACCUGUAAAUGGGAGAACAUCAAGUCCAUUCCAGAUCCCAAACAUGGUUUUCCUCCUCUUAGGAAAUGUCACAGUUGUGUAAAAUUCAAACAAGACGUGUACAUAUGUGGUGGAUUUGACACACAUACAAUAUUUGGAGACAUUUGGAAGUUCUCCCUACAGACGUACACAUGGACAAAGUUACCCUCAUCUCUACAAGUUCCUGUGUACUUCCACUCAGCUGACAUUACUCAGGAGGGCUGUAUGUAUGUGUUUGGGGGUGUGUCCAAAAUAGACAAAGUCCGAACCAAUUGUUUACAGAGGAUCUGGCUGACUACGCCGAGUCUUCAGGAAAUCUGCUGGGAGAAGAUUGUGUCGUGUCUGGACUCGGACAGUCUGAAUAGGACUUCAUUUCUCUCCUCACAUCUUCCUCUGCAUUUUGUAGAGAGGUUGUCCUGACACACAGUUUAUCUUCAUCCAUGAUACCCUCCAUAAAUCCAUUGUCUUGAUACAUGAUUAUAAUGUGUUUAUAAUGUGUACAACUUUUCACCACACAUGAUGUGUACUGCUUCGUUUCUCUGAGGAGGAAUGACUCAAAACUGCCAAUACCACAUCCAUUCAAAACCUCAUCAACCACAUUGUUUUCCCCGUGUUUUUUUUUUAGUAAGAUUUUUCUUCUUUAAGAAAACCCAGUGUCAUGGUGUCAGAAUGUAGUAAGAAUUUUAGAUGCUGAAACCAAUAUCUUUUCAUUGCUGUUUAACUUGUGUGGGUUUUUUUUUUAAAUCAUAUUUUGUUUUUUAUUUUAUUUUUUGUGGCAUUAUUUUUGAGCAUUUUAAUUUUUAUGGAUGUUUGUUGUAAGCAGUAAAAUGACAUGGGAAACUUAAUUACAGGUAGUGUACAUUGUAUGUGUAUAAUAUGAGCAUAUGUUAGGUUUGUUGGUUUAUUUGUUUGUUUGUUUUUGUUUAUUUUAUAAGGAAAGAUAAGGAAAUGUUAUUGUUGAAGCUUGAAGAUCAAUGAGAUUGACUGUUCUGGUGACAAAUUGUUCAGUAACGACAUCAGGUGACUUUUUAAAAAAAAAAUGAAGUUUGGUUUUGCUGAGUGAAGAUUAUUUAGGUUCCUGGUCCAAUGGGACUCAGAUUUUGAAUGUAGAGUAGAUUUUGUCAGUUCUAAUGUUUUAGUUUUAAUAUUUAAGUUAGAUCACUAGUUAACAAUUACAGUACAUGUAAGUGUCGAAAUGAAAUCCACUGGGAAGCAUAAUAAGGUUAUAAUCCAUGCUCAGUUUCUACACAGUAUUCUCCAGGGUUGAUCAGAAAGUCGUACGUUUUGUUAAUUCAUCGUGUAAUGUGUUAGGUACUGUUACAUCGGUAGAGUCAUUAACUUCAAGGAUUAACACUAGUCAGCUGUUGAUCGUACAGGAAUAGAGACCUUGUUUAGCCAGAAUGUUCAGACUUUUAGUCUCCUUAUGGGAGUGCUUGUUUUGUAUCUUCUGAAGAAAAAAAAGUCAUUUUGCAAAGAUAUAAGAUAUACUUUUUCCCUUCAGUUCAGUCUCUACAUUAAAGUGUGCCAUGAUUGUAAUUUGAUCAGAUUAAUAAGAAAAGGCUAUGGAGAAGACAUUAUUACUCAAAAUGGUGGAGGUACCCAUAUGUCUAAUAAAUUAAUAAAUAUAGAAUUUGACUUAGCUUGAAGUAUUUACAGUGUGUGUCACAUUUCAGUAAUCAAAUGAUUAAUAGAGGAAUGUCUGUUUUAUGAAUUGGUGCAUUUAUGUUGACAUACAUUAGAAGUAUAUAGAUUUUGUAUCAUUCUAUUAUUCUUACUAGUCAGUCUUUAAUGUAGUUUUCCAGUCCAUGAUAUUACUUAUGUACUUGGUAGACAAGUUGUAGAUGUGAUUCCUGGAUUGUUUUUAUUAUUAGUGUAUUCCUAUUAGAACUUUUACCUCACGUGGUGACACAUUCACCCCGGUUUCUGGAGAAAGUUAUUGCCUGCUUGUAGUACAUUUAGUAGUGUUUUAUAUACUGACUCUGCCUUUUUUGUAUUCGUUGAUUUUAAUGCAUCUAUUUGUUUCGAUAUUCUUCAAAUAAGUCCAUGCAUUGAAUUCUUUAAGUACAAUGUCUAGUGGGGACAGACGUGGAUAAUUUUCACAGAAACAGAGGUGAUUUUGAUGUAGAUUUAGUGAUUGUUUAAUUUUACUCGAGUUGUUUUGUUUUGUGACACAACUAAGAGCCAGUACUUCAUCCCAAAACAUUUUUUCAUGAAUUUUUUUUCAUCAUGUUGAAGUGGUUGAACAGAUUUCAUUAUUGUGUGAAUGAAUGUUUGCUGUGAUCUUUUUUAAAAAAAUUCUUUUUCUAACACAGUGACAUACAGUCAGCUGUCAAAAGACUUUGAGAGAAAUCCGAGAGUUUGAGAUACCAGUGUUGAAAUUUGAAUUCAUAAUACGGUUGGAUUGACUUUAUUAUAUGCCUUUGGUGUUGCAGGCAUUGAGGGUUAGUUCUAUUGUAUACAGUUCAGCUCUUUAAAGUGAAACAGCUGAAACACUGGCCCAUAGGCCAGAAUGCUAACCCGAGUUACAUUUUCUUUACUGAUAAAAAGAAUAUCCUAUUUACUGUAAGCUGAUUUUUUAUUGAACAGUAAUUACGUUUUACAUGAAAAAGGAGUUUUGAAAUUGAAAAGAAAUUAUUUUGUGUGUCUGUAUUCACAAGCUUUCAUGUAAAUACAUGUAGAUCUCUUGUUAUAAAAAAAAAUAGUUUUGAAGUUAUAAACACAAUAACAACUGAAUUUUAACAUUAUUCCACCCAGUGUGAGAGUUACCUGAGAGAUUUCAGUUUGAAACAUAAAUACUGACAAUGAAUUCCUAGAUAGCAAGUUCUUCUGACAUUUUCAUUAGUUGUACACUCUGAACUGUAUAUUGUAAUAUAUUUACAUUUCCAAUGUCUUUGUCCGAGAUAAAAUUACAAAUUGUCAAAAUACUUUAUUUCUACAUAAAUCUACUGGGUCAUCGAUAGGCGCGGUUAAAAAAAAUCACAAGCGGGGCGGGACAAAUAGAGACAGAAGCGGGGCUAUUAGCAUGGGAAUUUGCAGAAUCAGGAGCAUGUAAAUAUAAGGAAUAACUGUCAGAUUUUUUUGAUUCAUGACGAUGAUCAAUCGAUUGGCUUGCGUGAUAAUUUUAUGCAUAAAUGCCUUCGGCGUUUAUGCAAAUUAUCACGCAAGCCACUCGAUUGAUCACAUCAUGAAUCCAAAAAAUUAGACAGUUAUUCCUUAAAUAUUCCCUUAUUUUUGACAGAGAACUACAUGUAUGGUACAGGUGUGUAUGUUUCCUUCUAAAACAGUGCUGUGAUAUAUUUGUGUGCAUGUGUCUUCCUACCAAGUUUUAUGCAAAUCCAUGAAGCAACUUGUUUCUUAUUGCACUUAUAACUAUACUGUACCUUUUAAGAUUUUUUUCUUCUUCAUGAUAGCUUAAUUAUAAUGAAAUCAGUUAAGUUUUUAGAUAUUAUUACCUGGGUAUACAUGUACAGUAUUUUCAUUGUUUUAAAAAAUUCUCUUUAAGGUAUUAUUUUAUUGACACCUUUUAGAUUUUAAGUUUAAAGAUGUUUAAAUAUUUUUUGACUGAUUAAACUUCAUUGCCCAGAGAAAGAUAUCGUUCUUAUACAAAGAAUUUCUCAUUCAGGGGCAUUUAUUCCCAACCCAAAGACUCCAUUCUGCAGACAUGAGUAUUGUAUUAAGGCAAUAUUAUGAAUAUGAUCAAUGAUGUUGAAGUAGAUUUGGACUGCACAUUUUAACUAGAAAAACUUAGUAAUAAUAAGAAUUACUAUAAUUAUAGAAAACCAAUAGGACAGGGCUUUCUAAAUUUAGAAAAAACUUUUGUAUCAAAUUAAAGUUUCUUGUUAAUAA